UAAACAUUCUCCUUCAACGCUCCGCAAAGGGCGCGCCGGUUUUCAUUAUCGGUGCUAUAAUUUAAGCUUGAAAUCACUCGUAAUUGGGACAUUUAUCGCAUAUCUGACAGAAUACCGUAAGAACGGUUCAACGAGUGAAAUGGGAGAACCAUUAAAGGUUGAUGUGCCUGUCGUUUUCGUAUUCGGUGGACCCGGAUCGGGCAAAGGAACCCAGUGCGAAAAGAUAGUGAAGAAAUACGGCUUCACGCAUAUCUCAUCCGGGGACCUUCUACGACUGGAAGUCACCUCAGGAACAGAGCGGGGCAACGAACUCAAUGAGAUCAUGAAGAGGGGAGAAUUAGCGCCUCUCGAAACGAUGCUCUUACUUCUCAAAGAGGCCAUCUUGAAAAACCUGCCAGCGUCGAAGGGAUUCCUGAUUGAUGGGUACCCCAGAAAUGUGGAUCAAGCGGAAAAGUUUGAAAAAGAGGUGUGCCAAUGUAGCAAUUUAGUUUACUUCGAAGUGGCGGACGAAACGAUGGUGGGUCGGCUCCUGGAGCGGGGGAAAACCAGCGGCCGCGUUGACGACAAUGCUGAGACAAUCAAGAAACGCAUUGCCACUUUCCACAAUGAAUCCAAGCCGGUCAUCGACAAGUACAGUGAUAGGCUCACAAAGGUGUCCGCAGAAGCAGAUCCCGAAACAGUAUUUGGAUUUGUCGUACCUUUCUUUGAUCAACUCACAAAGAAGUAACCGAGAAGAUUCAAUCGCUUUUUGCUCCAAGGUUGAAUACUUCAUUGCUCAGCUCUUUGUUCCAUGCAAUUUAUGUAGUACACAUCCAGCUGUACUACGUGUAAGUUGAUGCUCAAAGUAUCAAGGAUGUGUGCUCACACUUGGAUUUUGAACUAACAAAUAAAGGUAAACGGAGGGUAAGUAAGUAAUUAUCUGAUCACGUACCCACAGCCUGGGUGCCCUCAAAUGGGAAUGAUUAGUAUUACAACCACUACUGGAAAUAAAAUGCAAUUCCCUCGCAAA